GCGCCGCAGUUUGCGUAAGUUGUUCAGGUUGCGCCAAAUCUGGGAUCCGACAGGAACAGGGAGAGUGGGGGGAGAGAAAAACUGUCUAUUCCUUUCGAAUUUCAGCCCCCGUCCCGGCUCAGAGUCGGGACAUGGAGAAACGACGUUAAAUCUGAAGGAGGAUGAGGAGUUCACGAUUAGGAGUUUGCAAGCCUUUAUGAUGAGAUACCAAAAUUCUGAUGCCAAUCCACUAUAAUAUUGACUCUUCUGUCACAUCCACCAAAAAAGCUGAGCAAACAAAAUGUCUCAAAGGUAUUCAGAAAGUAACCUGGAAGAAAAGUCUCAGGUCUUGGUGUUGGAACAGACAUUCAAGUCUGACUUCCAGAUUAACUCUGACUCUGACAGGUUGAUGACCCAGAGUGGUAAAUCUUCACUCCUGGAAGUGGACAAUCUGGCAUUGGGCAGUGCCAAUUCCAUGCCAUCGCUCUCAGACUUACCAAAGGUGGUUUUGAGCACAGACAGUCCGGCUGCACUGAAGAACGGGCAACAGCAGAUUAUCCCCAGCAAAUUGGCCGUGACGACCAAGACUAAAAUGCGGCCUCAGAGCAGUGGGCCCUCCGGGAAGCGGGAUAGCGGCAGGAGGGAAGUGCGGAGCAUGCCACCGACUGACCUGCAAUAUGAGGAGGGGAGUAAUACAGGGAGCUCGAGUGGGACACUGCAACGUAAUCGCCGCAACAUGUCGUAUAAGGUGGCAACGGACAGCUUGUCUGAAUACUCGGAGGAGAAGAAGCUGUUGUCUCCUCCCACACUGCCACCAUUAGGGGAAAUGCCAACAGUGCAACCAGCUCGAAGUCCAGGCAGGACCAAGCGAACAUUAGGAAGAAAGAAAGGACCCAGAAAUCGAAGUUCCUUUAAGGAUGAUCCAAGGCUAUACCAGGAGGUGCGGGAGAGAGGCCUGGACAGUGUUCCGGAGUCGGAUGAUGAUUUGUUGGAUGAUACCAGGCACUUGGAAUCUGCAGAACCAGACGACAAGAUUGUGGUUCAGAAUUACAGACCGGCACAGAUGACAUGGAGCCAGUUACCACAGGUUCUAGAGCAAGGGAUUCUGCACAGACUGCCAGCUGAGGAACGCAAGAGGCAAGAGGCCAUCUUUGAGAUCAUUGUAUCUGAGCACUCCUAUCAGCACAGUCUGACAGUCCUGGUCGACAUGUUCAAGAACUCAAAGGAACUACAGACGACCAUGACCAGCACUGAGCACCAUCAUCUCUUCUCCAACAUAGGUGACGUUCAAGACGCCAGUAAAAGAUUUUUUGAAGACCUUGACACGAGACUCCAGCAAAACCCGGUCAUCCGAGACAUCAGUGACAUUGUGGAGCACCACGCAUCGCACUGUUUUGGUGCUUACAUCGUCUACUGCUCAAAUGAAAUCUACCAGCAACGAACGCUCGAGAGAUUGCUCAAUUCCAACACACUUUUCAAGGAAACCCUGAAGCGGAUUCAGAGGAAUUCAAAGUGUGGUGGCCUGCCCAUCAUCUCCUUCCUGAUUCUACCCAUGCAGAGGGUGACCCGACUCCCACUCCUCAUGGACACUAUUUGUCAAAAAACCAACCGUUUUCAAGUGGAGUAUGCUGCAGCCACUAGAGCAUUGAAAGCCAUCAGUAAGUUGGUUAAAAUGUGCAAUGAGGGAGCGCACAGGAUGGAGCGAACAGAACAGAUGUGUACCAUCCAGACGCAACUGGACUUUGGGAAGAUUAAGGCCUUCCCUCUCAUCUCCGCUUCAAGGUGGCUACAGAAAAGCGGGGAGCUGACCGUCUUUGUGGAAGAAUCUGGAAUCUUGCGCAAAGUGUUUGGGAAGCAAAGUUGUUUCCUCUUCCUCUUCAAUGAUGUGUUGAUCGUUACCCGGAAACGAAGUGAGGAGAGCUACAUGGUACAGGACUAUGCCAUGUUGGACCAAGUGGAGGUAGAAGCACUGGAGAGCAAUGAGUCUCCCCACUCUCCCCCGGGCAAGGCCGUAAGUGGUGGAACCGUCCCUCGCAGCAACUCCAACACUUGCCUUUUCAAAAUAAUCAUGAAGAAGAACAGCGCUGGUGAAAUGGAGCAAAUUGUGUUAGCCACGGAAUCCGAGAGUGACCGAGCUCGCUGGAUCCACGCCAUCCAGGGGAACCAUGACGACCUCGUCAAUAAAGAAGGCCUCCCACAGGUGGAGAUUAUCAAAGCCUUCCUGGCCAAACAGCCAGAUGAGAUGACACUUCAGCAGGCCGAUGUGAUCAUUGUUCUCCAGAAGGUUGAUGGCUGGUACCGGGGAGAGAGGAUACGUGAUUGGGAGAUGGGCUGGUUUCCCGAGUCCUGCGCCAAGAUGAUAACCAGUCGCAGUGCAGUGCAACGAAAUGUCCAACGAAUGGAGAGAUUGCGGAUUGAAACUGACGUCUAGUUCCUGCAUCAGAGUCGAAGUUCCAUUUGCCCUGAUAUGACGGAGCCUGGAUUUUAACAUACCUGCCAAGGAUGUUAUAACAAACUUGGCAACCAAUGUUUCCCCUUAGUCAUUGCCAUCAGACUGUGUAAUUGUAUCACUGGGGCUGAAUGACCCAUCGAAAUGAUCAAUGGAUUGAAUAUGUUAGUCAGGGGUGGUUAACGAAUACAUUUUUCAAAAGGGGUUUGAUUGUGAUCGCAAAUGAUUGGUAUCCCAGUCGCCAGCCUCUUUGAUUACACCCUGUGUGUGCGGCAAGGCACUUUUAUUUAGAAACAAUUGGAAACGCUUUAGUUUUUUUAAACUCAGGACCCAUGUGACCAUGGACAAUAUGAGGGGGAGGGGGUGGGGCUAGAGUGAGAGAGGGUGAUUGUAGUUAAAACCUACCGUUCCUGAUUUUCCCAUGAGUUCAGUCCCUCAUCCAGGAGGGAAAUUCCAGCCUUACGAAAGCAGAUCCUGUUUCAAUAUCCAACAUGGGAGGUUUUAAGAAUUUUGUUUGCUUUGCUGUAGAUUGUUGUCAAUCAGUAACAUGUUGCGAGGUAUUGCAGAGGCCUAUUUCAGCAGGCAAAGCCAUUGAUCGGUGCUUGUUCCAUCUUGAACACCUGAAAGGUAAAAACUAAAACGAAGCUGUCCCUUACGCGCACUUUCUAUGGUGAGAGGGAGGUUGUGUGUAUGACUCGGAGCAACUCUGUAAAAGUUCAUUACCCUCAGCUCAGUUAGCUGAGGAUGAUGUUGACUGAUCAUAUGGGCUCUGUCACAAAGAUUCUCAAUCAAAUUUCUCUCUCUUUUCUCAACCUUGCGAAUAAUUUGUGUACAAUUGGCUGCAAUUCCCUUUUCAGACUGCUUGCAUUCUGUCUGUCUGUGUUACGGAUAGCUGGCUUUGGAACAGGUGGUGAGACUUUUAAGCUUCCGAAGCCAGAUCAUGGAGACCAGACUGAUGUUCGUGAACACUUCAACACUGCACACACACUGUUCCAAGGAGGAUGAGCAGAGAGUGGAGCAGGUAGACCAGGCAGAACCUGUGUGUGUCAGUGAUUGGAUAAACACAGGACUACGCUAUCAAGCUAAUGGGUUGCCAAUGCUAAUUUGCUACAUUCAUGCUUCUGGCUGUCCCACCUCAACAGUCCUGGUUGUCUUUAAUUUGAGUAAGCUUUAUUUUGGUUUUUUGUACUAAAGUGCCAGAAAUGAACAUUCCCCAUGCUACAUCCUCAACAACCUUGAACUGCCUGCUUUACUUCACGGAUUGGUGAGAGAUGACUGCAUUAUAAAAUCCAUCCCUGAGAAUCCUUACCCGCGCUCCCCCCCCCCGCUCCCAUGAUCUGACUUUGUGAUGCACUGCUCACAGUCCCCUGGGUGGCGUGACCUGGUGAGUGCCGGGCCUCCUCUUGCAUGUUACAAACAUGGGCAUUUUGUGGACUCAGUUGCUUAUCUGCCAAAGAUUCUGAGGUUCUGGUGGUCAGGGACAGGCAGGAAAACCACCCGCAGUUGCCCAAUUCCCUGGCAACAAUGUGCUUCUGAGCCAAACUGGUAGGGGACUGCCAGGCUCAGUACCCACCCGAAGCUAAAAUGUUUGGGGGUUGGAGGUGGGGGUGCAGUUGUAGAGACAUAGAAUCAAUGAUCAAUGAUCAACUAAAACAAUGAUCAAUGUUUUGGAAGGAGGGAAAUCUGCUGGGAUCUUUUCCCUUUGCCAAUACUCGGUUGGCAAUGAACAUGUCUUCAGUGAUUGAGUAACACCCUCUGCCAUUGCUCGCUCAUUUUCCUCAUCAUCAAUGGAAAACACAACAGAACAUGCACGUAUUGGACAGCUGAUUUGCUGUCUCCUGCUUUACAUUGCUGCUAAAAUACAUCUUACUCAAGAUAAUGGGGCAAAGGGUUUCAAGAAAAGGAAGAUUCUUUAAUUUUGAGGAGGGUUUUAAUUGUCACCCAAUAUAUCUUAACAAAACUAAUCAGCGAACGGCAACAACUUAGAAGUGGGCUCAGGAUUGCGGGUACAAAGAAACCACUUUGAUUUUGUUUUUGCUGCUGACCCCUUUGUUGAGAGUAUCAACUCAUCUUCACCUUCUGCCAUUUUAUAGUCACACUGGAACUUGCCAAAUGUUUAUUAAUUAAAUGAUAUAUAUUCCUGAGAUUGGCAGUUUUUAUGAAUGUACAAAUAAACAUUUCUUACAAUUUA